AUGAGCCAUGAUGCCUCGCCGAGCUCUACGGCGCGAACCGAUGCUCCUCCCGUCGAGCCUCUCCCCGCGUCCUCUGCCAACCGUGUCACCCGGGAUCUGCUAUCGCCUGAGCAGCCCAGGUCCCGGUCGCGCGCCCAGUCGCACUCGCAGCGCCGCAAGAAGAAGAAGAGCAGGAAGCGGCGCAAUCCCGGCCUAGCGAGAAAGUUGGAAUUCAUUACACAUUUGCUCAAGAGUCUUGAUACCCUGGUGUUUGCGGAGUUAAGCGCGCUGUAUUAUAUGGAAUGCUCCAUGUUUCGAUUUAUCCUACGAUCUGUCGGCCAGUACAUGUAUUUGACACCUAAGGAUGAGUCAUUUCCCUUCCUCACGCCCGCCAGUCGCAUACAUGUCGUGUUAGUCGUCAUUCCCAACCUCAUCUGCAUGCUCCUUCAUCUAUUUGCUUCGCUCCCGACUGGACCAGACUACCAUCGAGGCUACAUGCACGGCGGCUUGGUCAUUGACUUUAUAGGUCAGAAGCCGCCAACAUCGCGGAUUUACUAUCUCCUUGCCGAUUUUGCGAUCCUGGCCAUCCAAUGUCUGAUGCUGACGGUACAUACGGAACGGGAAAGGCUUCGCCUGACCCUCAAGACAUUCCGCCCUCUAAUACCAGACGUCGCCCAGGAGAUGGGCCCCACCCUAGAAGACCUAGAUGCAGAAGAGCGUGGCGUAUCUCGGGACAUGCCUGGCUCGUUACCACCGAAUGAGACAGAAGACAUCGAAUUGCAACCGCUUAGGCCUAUCAAUGAAGCAGAAGAGGGCAGCUCGCAGUCGGGAGAACCAGAGCCACCUGCAAGAGAGUCGUCAGCGGAUGAGCCGACAAGGACCUAUCUGUCGGACGUGCUAAGCUCUGGAAAUGCAGUCAUUGGCGAGUAUCACGUCCUGCAUUCUAUGCGCAAUGCGGCGAUGGAUCUCGAGAGGACGGCAGCACACUCCCUACGCACCAUUAGCUACGGGGCGACCAUGGCAGCCAUUGAAGCCCGCAGGCGGGGUGUCACCGUACCAGCUCGCCAGGGGCAGACUGAUAGACGGCAAUGA